AUGGAAUCCAAGUUAUCUGAAUCGGGCGCAUAUAAACGGCCCUCAAUAUACAGUGAUACCCAGCAUGCCCCUGUGACAUCUAUCCUUCCGGAUGGCGAUGUGCCAUAUACGGACCAUGAAAUGGACGCGGAUGAGCGGGUGAUCAUGGCCCUGGGCUAUAAGCAGGAGUUCAAGCGAGAGUUCUCCUUGUGGACGACCUUUUGUGUCAGUUUUGCGGUACUCGGACUACUUCCAUCAUUCGCAAGUACUUUGUAUUAUGGUAUGGGAUAUGCAGGGACGGCAGGUAUGGUCUGGGGUUGGAUCAUCGCGAUGAUUUUCAUUCAAUGUAUUGCUAUGUCCAUGGCGGAGCUAUGCUCAGCCAUGCCUACAAGUGGUGGACUCUAUUAUGCUGCAGCUGUUCUCGCACCUCCUGGCUGGGGUCCCUUGGCUGCCUGGAUCACAGGAUGGUCUAACUGGAUUGGACAAAUUACCGCAGCUCCGUCAGUCAACUAUGCGCUGUCCGCAAUGAUCUUGGCUGCUGCAUCGAUCACCAACCCAGAUUACGUCCCAACAAAUUGGCAGAUCUAUCUUCUGACCGUCCUUAUCAUGAUUAUUCACACCGUGAUCAGCAGUCUGCCCACAAAACGAGUGGCACAGUUCAACUCCUGGGGCUCGACAUUCAACAUCCUUGCACUCAUCGCCACGCUAAUCGUCAUUCCCGCAACUACCAAGAACAGCCCAAAAUUUACGCCUUCUCACGAAGUCUGGAGCACUAUCACAAACCAAACCGAUUUCCCUGACGGUAUCGCUGUCCUCAUGACUUUCGUCGGUGUAAUCUGGACCAUGUCCGGCUAUGACUCGCCCUUCCAUCUGAGCGAGGAGUGUUCCAACGCCAAUAUCGCCUCGCCACGCGCCAUCGUCAUGACAUCUGGUGUCGGUGGUGUGAUGGGCUGGUUCCUACAACUAGUGGUUGCAUACACUGUGACGGAUAUUGACGCCGUCAUCAGCUCAGAUCUGGGCCAGCCGUGGGCUUCAUAUCUGCUCCAGGUUUUACCCCAACGGGCAGCAUUGGGUAUUCUCGGUCUGACGAUAGUUUGUGGAUUUUCUAUGGGCCAAGGAUGCAUGGUCGCCGCUUCGCGGGUGACAUAUGCCUACGCUCGUGAUGAUUGUUUCCCGUUGUCGAAGUACUGGAAGAUGGUGAACAAAACCACUCAGACUCCAGUCAACGCUGUAGUCCUUAACACGGUGCUGGGGUGUCUAAUGUGUCUCUUGGUUCUUGCUGGAACUACCGCUAUCGGUGCCCUUUUCUCCAUUGGUGCCAUCGCCCAAUUUGUCGCCUUCAUCAUUCCUAUCUUCAUCCGUGUGUUCUUUGUGGGAAACCGCUUUCGCAAGGGACCAUGGAACCUCGGCCGCUGGGGGCCUCUGAUCGGUGGGAUUGGGUGUUCAUUUGUUGCUUUGAUGGUUCCCAUCUUGUGUUUGCCCAGCGUCACAAAAGCAGAUCUAACCCCGGAUCUCAUGAACUGGACCUGUCUUGUCUAUGGUGGGCCCAUGCUGGCCGUUAUGAUCUGGUGGUUUGUUGAUGCCCACCGCUGGUUCACGGGUCCCAAGGUCAAUGUGGAGCAUGCUAUCCAUGAUGUACAUGGUGAGCCUGAGGUCAGUGAAGGUGUGGAGCCUGAAUACGAAGAAACCCAGGCGACGAAGACGACCAAGUCUGAUGAAACUUUGCCGAAGUAG